UAGGCCGGAAGUGUUGGCUGUGCGCGCGAGGAGCUGUCAGUGACCGGAGGAGAGAAACAGAUCACUGAGAUAGUUACAAGGCCAAUGCCUCGUGGUAGUAGCUAAGUGUCUGGUUAUAGGGGACUUGCUCACUAAAACAAAAAAUCUCCCAUUCCAAGCACUUCUGCGGAGAGUUGAGAUGAGCAGUAAUGCGGCCAGCCCCAUGUCAGUUGCAGGAAACACAGCGUCCGGCAGUGGAAGGGGAUCAGCAAAGUCAACUAGCUUUGUUACAGAACUUCAGACCAUGAUGUAUGGUUUUGGUGAUGCUCGCCGACCUCUCACGGAAACUGCUAUUUUAGUUGAAGAUAUAGUGCACUCUCAAUUGAUUAACAUGUUACACCAAGCUGCGGAAAUCUCACAAGUCAGAGGAGCUCGGGUCAUAGCAGCAGAAGAUAUUCUGUUCUUAAUGCGGAAAGACAAGAGAAAAUUACGCCGAUUGCUAAGGCAUAUGAGUCUCCGGGAUUUUAAGUCCAAAAUUAUUAAGGGAGUUGAAGACGAGGAUGUUAUUGAAGCAGACAAAUCCAGCAGCAGUAUAAACAAGCGCCAGAAACUCUACCAAGAAUUCCUCAGCUCCAUUGAUCAAACAGGAGAGCUGCUAGGUUUGCUUGAGGAAGAUGAUGCUGAUGAAGUCAAACAGGAGCGGCUGGAGAGAGCUGAGCGCCAAACUCGAAUGAUGGAUUCAUCCCAAUAUGCAGAGUACUGUGAAAGCCGCCAGCUGAGCUUUGCCAAAAAACCAACCAAGUUUAAGGAUUGGUUGGACUGCAGCAGUAUGGAAGUGAAGCCUAAUCCAGUUGCUUUGGAGAUCAUGGCAUAUCUGGCACAAGAGACAGUGGCCCAGCUGGUGGAUCUAGCCCUUUUGGUGAAACAGGACAUGGCUGCUAAAACAGGGGAUCCAUUUAGUAAUGCCAAAUCUGUAACACUUGCACAUCACAAUGCUGCAUUACCUGAGAUACAAUUUCAAGUUCAGUCUGUCAGUUUGAAGAGCAAUCCUGACUCACCAGAAAAUACACCCCCGUCAACACCAACAACCCCUGCAUCAGCAGCACAGCACAUUGUCUCUAAAACACAUUCAGGAAAUUUGGGGAAUGGAGGCAUAGGGCAAGAUUCCAGCAAUACUAAAGCUAAAACCCGCAAGAGAAAAAAGAGUGCUGCAGCUUGUGGUCUAGAGACUCACAGUGAUGCCAUACAGCCCAGCCACAUCAGAGAGGUGAUCCGACGGUAUAGCCACAAAAUUGGCCCUCUUUCCCCAUUCACAUGUUUAGCAAAUCCUUUUGUCCAAAUGAACAAUAUCAACUACAUUUCCAACCUCUAUGACUCGUCCAAAAGCUGUAUCAAUCUGAGUGCUUACCGCAGAACUGGAAUGACGUUUCUAGCCUGCUGAGGGCGGAAGGAACAAGAAGGCUGUUGUUACUGAAAGGUGAAGUUGCUCCAAGAAAACAAGAGUGUGUCAGUACACUGUGUACGUGUGUUUGUGUGUGUUGGGUGAGCAUUUGUGUUAAGUCACUGACCUGCACCCUGCCAUUAUUCCUGUUUACUUGGUGGAAUGUUUUAGUUAAUUAAAGGCAGGAUGUUUGGCCUGCAUGUAGGUGGAUAGGAAUGCAGAUCACCAGCUGCCAGCUCACAUCCAUGACUAUUUGUGUCAUAAUGCUUAAACAGAACAAAAUCCUUUUCUAACAAAGUACGUGUAAGGGGGUAAUUUUCAGAGUUUGUAUUUGUGGUGUGAAGCCUCACCCACCAGGAGGGAAUUUGGAUAUGUGCUAUAUGUGAUUUUCAAUAAUUUAAACUAAUUUGAGCUUCUGAGUUAUCACUGUAUGCUACCAGAAGGUGAAGCUCCACAACAGGGGUGUGAAAGACAGAAAAUAACUCUUAGAAUCUGUUAUUGUAUAAUUUAAGUGAACUGGAAAGUAGUUUAGAAACUUUACAACUGUACUUCAUUAAUCUCGUGUUGUAUUUUUUAUGGAGGCAAGUACUUUUCUACUCUGAAAUAGUCAAGACUUGAGUUAUGAUAGGACAGUAGUUGUAACACUAUAUAUGUACAUACGUAUAUAUCUGUUACAAUAUCAUAAACAUGUAUAAAUGGGUUGAACAACAUUAAAGCAAUUGCAUUUAUAAGAUAAGGUGAUGAAACAACAUUUCUAUGAUUUGUUGUUACGAACAAAUCUAAAUGUUGUAAUUUAUUGAUUUCAUAGAACUACCAUAUAGCAAUAUAUUCACUUUCAUAAAUAGCUAUGGCAAUAAAUGCAGAAAGCAGCAUAUGCAGUAUUAAUGGUAAUGUUAUAUUUGCAUUAAUCUGUAAAUCAUUUUAGACUGAGCAUGUCUUUUCUCAUAACUUAAUUCAAAAGAUUUGCUAUAAAUACUGACUGGACAGAUGCCACUCCCAAGGUCAAGAAUGCUCACUUAAGAUUGAAGCACCAAGCCGGUGUUGAAGAGACCUGAAAUCAAAUGUCUCAUUCUUAUCUUUUAUUUAAAUAAAGGUUGUUGUCACAUAAUUUUUGUAAGAGCUGGUGUGCAAAAGUUGUUAAUAAAAUUGUGCCUUAAAAAAAUGAAUUUGCUUAAUUUAU